AUGGGAAGGAAAAGUAGUGAUGGAUCAGGAGUGGGGGCAGACUUGUUACAUGUAUUAGGGUUGAAUAGGUUUUCAAACUCAACAGAUGAUUCUGAAAUGGGUGAUAACAAAGGCAAGAAUCAGUCAAAAUUUGCAAAAUUUAAAUUUUCAAAAAGUAAAAAAAAUUCAAAAAAGAGCAAUAUUGGAAUGGAUUCUGGUAAAAUUAGCAUGGAGAUUGAUUUGAAGAGAACUAAGGAUAAUGGAGAGAUAGAGCAGGCAAAUGAAAAAACUCCAAUUUCAAGUUUAAUAGAUGUUCAGAUUUCUCUUGAAACAGUUCUGGAAGAAUUAGAUAAAUCUUUGGAAAAUAUUAAAAAGAAUUUAGAUGUUGCGGAAACUUGUUUGGAGGAUGUGUACAUAUCUGUAGAUAAGCUGGAGAAAUUCACUGAGCUUUGUAAUGUAGAAAAUCAAGAUGUCAUUUUAGGUUUACAUAAACUGGUAAACGUAUAUAAGAGAGCAGCAUUACUUUCAACAUUCUCUACUGAUCCUACAUUUAAGAAAAAUUAUGAUUAUAAUGUAACUGAUACUGAUGGGAAAUCUGGUGAAAAAAAACGUGAAAGACAAAGAACUGCCGAUGUUAUUAGUGUAAAGGAAUCUGAAAGUGAAUCAAAUGUUACUAAUGCAGUAGAAAUUCGUAAUUCAAAUAGCACAGAAGCUAAAACAACUCCUCUUAAGUCUAAGUCCUAUAGUUCAAAAAAUAGCUCAAUAAGUGAAAAAACUAUUGUUUUAGAAGCUGAUUCAAUUAGCAGAAAUAGUACUGAUAGUUUAAAUACUGAAACUAUUAAUUCUAAUAACAAUAUGAAGAAUGAAGACUCAAAUGCUGAACAAUUAAAAACUAUCAAAAGCAAUGGUACGACCAAUUCCGAUAAAACCAAUGAUGAAAAGCUCCCAAAAGACAAUAAGAUGAGUAAAACUGAAAAAUUCAAGGAGAAGCUUAACCUCAAAAUGAGGAGAAAGAAAAACAGUCAAAGUGAUAAUAACGAUAUUGACUCAGCAGAUGCUGAAAACAGUUCUGGCCGUCAAACUAAGAUGGAAAAGUUUAAGAAAAGAUUUGACAGGAAAAGUAAAUAA